UUGCCGACGGAUUUGACAACUUUCCUGUCUGAGUCAAAGUGGAGUGUUUCCUUAAUCCACACUUUGUUCACAACCUUCAGAGCAUUUUCACUGUGUCCUGUGGUCUUUUUAUGCUGCAUAAAUGCCGGCCCUUUCCUCCAAAUCUCCCGGUUUCGAUGCCUUCUCCGUCCGCGUUCAUUGCUAGGCGAUGGACAGGGAGCAGCAAAUCCAGCUGAGCGACGAAGAGCCCGUAGUCCUGCGAGAAGAGAACCGGAGGAGGAGAAGAAAGAAGGCCAUUACCUCGUCGUCCUGCACUUCCAUGGAUCAGAUUGCGGUUGAGUUUGUUCUGCCCACUGCAGCACGGGGAGGAAACAGUCCUGACACUCUGCAGCUGGAGGUUGCUGGAAACUGGACUGUAGAGCAGGUUAAAGCUCAGGUGUGGAUGAAGGCAGUGACUUCAAAUCUUUGUCCUGACUUUUACCAGCGGUUUUCUCCUGACCACUGCAUCCUGCUCUAUCAGAAAAAAGGCAAUGUGUGUGAGAUCUAUGACAAACAUCAGGUCUUCCAGACACUGGAUUGCAUUCGCUACUGGAGAGCCCUGAAGAAGGAUGUAGGGCGGAUCCAGCUGGUACCACGCCCACAGCCAUCAGACGAGUCCCUGCAGUACCAACGUUAUCUGAACUACCUGAUUGGAUAUGACGUAACUGACGUCAGCAACGUGCAUGACGAUGAGCUUGAGUUCACUCGGAGGAAGCUGCUGACACAGCGACGAAUUGAGCUGUCUGACCGUGACCCAAAGCUCUACUCCAUGGACCCCUGGGUGACCCGCAAGCCACUGCCUGAACACCUGCUGAGCAAGGUCUGUAAUGGUUUCAUCCUGGUGGUGAUCCACAUCAGCACAGCCAGCCAGACCAUCAAGGUCUCCAUCGAUGACACACCAGCACAGGUAUUGUCCAGUUUUUUUACUAAAACCGCAAAUAAAAGAGUUCUGUUGGGUAUCCCUGAAAACACUGGUGAAAAAGACUUUGUUCUACGUGUAUGUGGCAGAGAGGAGUAUCUUUAUGGAGAUAAACCUCUGCAGAACUUCAACUGGAUCCGUCAGUGUCUGAAGAAUGGUGAUGAGAUUCAUCUGGUUCUGGAGACACCAUCUGAUCCUGAAGCAGAUCUGGUCCAAAAGGAGGACUGGGCACAAGUUGAUGAUUGCACUGGAGUGGCAGGUACCCAUGAACAGCUGACCAUUGACGAGAAGGACCAUGAACGAGUGUUUACCAUUUCGAUGUGGGACUGUAACAGGAAGUUCAGAGUUAAGGUGCUUGGUAUUGACAUACCAUCUCUACCCAAAGUCCCAGAACUGGUUGUGUUCAUCGAGGCCAGUAUCUUCCACGGCCAGCAGCUGUUAGCCCAGGAAAGAACAACUUCAAAAACAUUCAAUGAAGAAGUGCUGUGGAACUGUUGGUUGGAGUUUAACAUAAAGAUCAGAGACCUGCCUAAAGGGGCACGGCUGAACCUCCAGGUAGUCUGUGGAAAGCAAGUGCAGACACCAAACUCUAAGGGAGGCUCCUCUUACCCAGAUAGCCCAGCAGGAGGAGGCAGCCAUGAUGGAAAGACCAAAAGUCGUCUCCUGUACUACGUCAACCUGCUGCUCAUCGACCAUCGCUCUCUGCUUCGCCAGGGCGAAUUCAUCCUCCACAUGUGGAAGAUGCCAGAGAAGAGUGAAGAGAGCAGCAGCAGCAGCAUCAACGCAGACAAGCUCACCUCGGCAACCAACCCAGACAAAGCCUCCUCCAUGGCCAUCACCAUUUUAUUGGAUAAAUACUGCUACCCUGUGGUGCUGCCCAAGAGCCGAGAUGUGUGCAGGGACGGUGGGACUUGGGGUGAGGAAGCUGAAGGCGGGGAGCGAGGACAGAGAGAGAUGCCGAACCACUUGAAGAAACAGUUUGAGGCCAUUGUAGCUACUGACCCCCUGCACCCACUGAGCCCUGAGGACAAGGAGCUGCUGUGGCAUUUCAGGCAUGAGUGUAUGCGUCACCCAAGAGCCUAUCCAAAGCUGCUGGGCUCAGUCCGAUGGGGCAAACAAGAUGAUGUUUUAGCAACACACCGUCUGUUGGAGCGCAGCAGUGCGUGGGACAGCAGUGGUCUGGAUGUUGGUCUGGCCAUGCAGCUGCUGGACUGUCACUACUCAGAUGCUCAGGUUCGCUCAAUGGCGGUCAGGAAGCUGGAAACCCUGGAGGAUGAUGAUGUGCUCAGAUACCUUCUACAGCUUGUACAGGCGGUCAAGUUUGAGCCUUACCAUGACAGUGCACUGGUUAGAUUCCUGUUAAAGAGAGCUCUGAGGAGUAAGCGUAUAGGUCAUUUUCUCUUCUGGUUCCUGCGCAGUGAGAUCGCCCAGUCCAUGCAUUACCAGCAGAGAUAUGCUGUCUUGCUGGAGGCCUACCUCAGAGGGUGUGGUGAGGCCAUGCUGCAGGACUUCAGGAAACAGGUGGAGAUGACUGAGGCUCUGCAGAAAGUCACCCGUGAGAUAAAGGCCAUGUCUGCAGACAAGUAUGAUGUCACUGCACAAGUGGUGUUUCAGUUGCGUCAGAAGCUGGAGACUCUGCAGUUGUCUGGUCUGCCGGAGAGUUUCAGAGUCCCUUAUGAUCCAGGACUCCGAGCUGGAACCUUGCUGAUAGAGCAGUGUAAAGUCAUGGCCUCUAAGAAGAAGCCCCUGUGGCUGCAGUUUAAAAGGGCCGACCCCAGCACCCUCUCUAAAGACCCCAUUGGCAUCAUCUUCAAAGAUGGUGAUGACCUCAGGCAGGAUAUGCUCAUCCUGCAGAUUUUACUGAUCAUGGAGUCCAUCUGGGAGACUGAAUCACUGGAUCUCUGUCUGUUACCAUACGGCUGCAUCUCCACUGGCAACAGGAUAGGUAUGAUUGAGAUUGUAAAGGAUGCCACUACUAUUGCUAACAUCCAGCAGAGUGUUGUGGGAAGUACUGGAGCUUUUAAAGAUGAGAUCCUUUAUCAGUGGCUCCGAGAUAAAUGUGUCAGUGAGGACAAGUUCCAGCAGGCUGUGGAGAGGUUUCUGUAUUCCUGUGGGGGCUACUGUGUCGCUACCUACGUCCUGGGUAUUGGGGAUCGCCAUAACGACAACAUCAUGAUAACCGAAUCAGGGAAUCUCUUCCACAUUGACUUUGGUCACAUCCUGGGGAAUUAUAAGAGCUUCAUGGGAAUCAGUAAGGAGUGGGUUCCCUUUGUGCUGACACCAGACUUCCUGUAUGUCAUGGGAACAUCGGGAAAGAAAAGCAGCCCACACUUCCAGAAAUUCCAGGAUGUGUGUGUGAAGGCUUAUCUUGCACUUCGGCACCACACUAACCUGCUCAUCAUCCUCUUCUCCAUGAUGCUCAUGACUGGAAUGCCACAGCUAACCAGUAAGGAGGACAUUGAAUACAUCCGCGAGGCUCUGACUGUUGGCCGCUGUGAAGACGAUGCACAGCGCCACUUACUGGACCAAAUAGAGAUCUGCAGGGAGAAAGGCUGGAUGGUUCAGAUCAACUGGUUUGUUCACCUUGUGCUCGGGAUCAAGCAGGGUGUAGAGAAACGGUCCACUUAGGACUCAGAAUGAGUUAGGAACAGAUGACGCUUCAAAGAUUGUCCCUAAGGUGUUUUGUAUUUGUUUACAAAUGUUGUAUAGCAGGGUUCCUUAUGGGUCUGAGCACUUGAAAACACACAUUUUGUAUUUUCAUCUUAAAUGUAACAAGGCUGAAGACAGUCCAUCAGAACUAAUUACUUAGACCACGAAGAAAUUAGUGAAGAAAUGAAGGAUGGAAAAAGAAGAGGAAUUAAAUCUGUAUGUAUGCAGACUCAACAUGAAACCAUGCACAGAAACGGCACUCACUCACAUAAACUGUAUAGUCUGUAUUUAUUUUAAUGUCCCAUUGCGGGUCUUUGGAAAAUAUGGCUUGAAUAAGUUUACUCUAUAAGUAAAGACUUGUUCCGUUUCCUCUUCUCUCAGGCUUUUUAAAGUCAGGCUAGUUCCGCUUUCUAGUUGCUCUAUUCAGAGUCAUUUCCUGCUCAGGAAACACAUUUUUGACGUUUCCUUUAUGUUAAUUGUGUUUUAUAUUUUAUUAAAAAAAUGUUUGUCCUGCUGAAGUGGAGUAGCAUUAACCUUCGAUGUGAAGAGGAUGUGAUUGAUUAAACGUUGAAGUCUGUCUGAAAUACUGUAUUUACAUUUAGCUAUAUUUAAUAUAUAAAACUGGUUAAGAUAAUAAGUAUGAUAAAAUACCAUACAAAUAAAAUAGCCAGAGAUUCAGCAUAAUGUAACAUUAAUUAAAGUGUUAAAAUAUUGGUAAUGUAAUUAUCACUAUAACAUCUGAAAGUAUGCACUGCUCAUCCAUAAUUCUAAAAUAUAUUUGCCUGUUGUUGACAUUCAGCAUAUGCUGGCCAGUGCUUUUGUCACUUACCUCAGUGAGAGGUAAAUAAAUCUGUAAACACCACUUAAUUUUAACAUCUUUAUGUAAAG